AUGCCCUCAGACAUCCAGGUUUUCGUCAAAUGGAAGGAUCAGACCAUAUUCGCGGGGGAAGAUGUCGAAUGCGUCAUUACCUUCAAGAACGUUGCGGAGACGAACGGAGACCCCAGUAACGGGGGCCAGUCCUCGCAUCAGAGGCAGCCAUCUCGAGCUACGAGCUCCCAUUCAGAGUCCUUAUUCUCGCUUCGAUCGCCCCAGAAGUUCUUCUUCAGUCCCCAUCGCCGUUCGUACCCUAACAUUCACAAAAAGAGCCCGUCGCAUCGCCCUUCUUCGUCCGUGAGCUCGCCGUUGAUCGGUUCUCACAGCUUUCCGCCCCCGUCUACCCCUCGCAGUGGCCCUCCUGCUGGCGGCAAGCACAAGCGCUCUGUAUCUAUUCUUUCCAUUGACAGCGAGGGAACGGGAGAGCCGACUCCCAGAACGUCUUCGCAAUACAAUCGAUCGAGGCCGGUGAGAGGUCAUGGGCGCGCUGCAAGCCUACAGGUUCUACCGAGAAGGAACGAGUUCUACGAAGAGUCAUUUGCGAAAGCUGGGCGCAAUUCCUUUCGUGGCUUUCCAACUCCAGAGUCCCCCGUCAGCUCAUCUCCCGGAAACCCACGAAUAGAUAUUGAUACAGCAGGAUCCGGCGGACCUACGUCUAAUCCCCUAUUCGAGUCGCCUCGUACGCCUGCGCGCCGGCCUCAGCUAUCGCCGAUUGAAUUUAAGUUCCCGCCGUCUCCUGGAACCGAUACACACACUCGUCCUGCUCUAUCCCCGCUGCAAACACCUUUGGAAGAGAACGCUAGCCAGGCAAAACCCAAUGGCAAAGAAUCGUCGACACUAACUGCGCCGGGCCAUUUGCCCCAGCUCACCCGUAUCAUGUCAACCUCCAGUCUUAGUGGAAGUCAUAGAAGCAGCGGAGAGUACAACUCCGUUAGCGACAACUCCUCGGAAACCCUCCAAUCUGAAUAUACCAACUACUCAAUGGCGGCACCGCGCCAGAACAUUCCUCGUCAUUCACGGCACAUGUCUAGUAUUGAGUCUCCAGGCUUGUCGCCGCACAGUCAGACCCUGCUCAUGGGCUAUGCGCAGAUCAGCGCAUCAUUCACCGUUGAUGGCUCGUUGAUCCAUCAGUCAUACUUUGAAGAAGUGAAGCGGAAAGGUGUUGUCGGUGGUGCCGGGGGUGCGCCCGGUAUGCCGAGUGGGAAACCAGCUACAAGUGGCGACAAGAGUCGCAAGGGCGGUGGUUUCUGGGGUGCUUUCAAAUGGAACGCGAUUGAGGAGUCGUUGAGUGGUCUGCUUUCCAAUAACGAGCUGGAUGGCCUGCGCGAUAUGCGAGGCGUCUCUUCUUCCAGAUCUAUACCGUUACUGUCUACGACCCAGUCGCUCCUCUUUGUCGAUCUGCGACUGGCGCCCGGGGAGGAGCAGUCCUACUCAUUUUCCUUUACGCUACCAACGGGCCUUCCCGCCAGCCAUAAGGGAAAAGCGAUCAAGAUCUCAUACAAUCUUGUCAUAGGUACCCAACGACCGAGUGGCCAUCACGAACCCCAACGAGUUAACCGGAUCAGCAUACCGUUCCGGGUAUUCAGUGGUGUCAAUGGCCUUGGAGAUAUCAUGGGUCACGAUCUUAUGAGCCCCUACGUGCUCCUCCGCGAUGAGGCGCGAGUGCAGAAGCUCGGGCCUGUCCCGCCACCAGCAAUGAAGCCGAAGAGCAUCAGUGGGCCGACCUGGACGUCAGCACCUGACUUUUUGUCGUACGUGGAUGAAAUCCUGGAGCAGAGUGCGCGGAACAAGUCGCUGCAGCCACCCGAGGCUACACCCGAAAAGCGCAUUAGUCGCGACCUAUCGGCCGGCCCCCUAUGUUGCAAGGAUGCCAUUGACCUUGCCAUUCUCCGGAGCAACCAGGCACUCAAUUCCUCGCGCAGUCCGAACCGAUUUGAGAUUGCCCGAAAUGGGCGCCGGAUUGCUGUUGUGGUACUCAAUCGCCCCGCGCACCGACUGGGCGAGACCAUCAUCGCGACCGUCAACUUUGCAGAUGCGGCACUUCCCUGUUACGCCCUCCGGGCGACAUUGGAGAGUUCCGAGCGGGUAGCGGCGCAUUUGGCCGUGCGGUCCAAUGCCAGCAUCCGCCGUGCUACCCGAAAAAUCCACGCCUCCUAUUUCGAAAACACGCUGUAUGCCAACCGCGUUGUCUUCAGUCCAGCUAUCCCCGUCUCCGCGACGCCUACCGUCAUCACCACCGGCGUCAACCAUGAGUGGGAGCUACGAUUCGAGUUUGUGACCAGCAGUGUGCACGAUGGCCCAGCCCCCUCGGGGGCCCGCUUGCUUGAAGCGGUCUCGGAAGAUGAUCGCGGGCGCAUCAUGUCCGCGUUGGAGAACCUUGGAUGUGAGUCGUUUGAAGUCGCCCUCCCGAUCACGAUUUACGGGGAGACGGUGCGGGAACAGCUGCCUGAGGAGAACGAGGGAUACUCGAUCUGA